GCGGGUCGGAGAGAACGUCGCGCGGGACCUGGCACCUCGCGUGCCUGGGUGUUGGGGGCGGGAGUGAGGACGCCUCCCCCGUUCGGCAACGGCCGAGUCCCGAUAACAGUUAACGGGGACGACGCGGGCCCGACCUGGUCGGCGCGGUUCAGUUGGUAAAAAGAGCGGGCCUCGGGUGUGGGCUCGGGACUCGCAGACACCUCGGAGAGAAGGAAGGGGCCGGGCCUCGGUGCCCUGGAUCCCGUGGUAGCGCCGGCCUCGCCUUCCAGGAGACACUCGGAGCCGGGAGCGCCUCCUUUCCCUGAGGAGGAAGACUUUUGGGGGGACAGAGGAACAGUGGCCGCGGAGUAGGGGGAGGGUGUCCCGCCUGAGGCGCGGUGCUGGGGAAGCCCCGCGGCGGCCGUGCUUGGCUUCGGGGCUGCACCUGGCUACUUAACCGCCUUCCCCGCGCCAGCCCCCACUCGUGAAGUCAGCUCCGCGCCCCGGGCUAGGCCCAGUGAUAAAUACUCCGGAGGAGAGAAACUAAUGUUCCGUGCUGGGUUCGGAGCGGGAGGACCUGGAUUUGAUUCCUUCCCACUCUGUCACCAUAGGAUUUUUUGCCUUUCUCCGGAAACCUUUUGAAUAAGAACAAGUUUACUUCAAUAAAUGAAGGAGAAUAAAGAAAAUUCCAGCCCUUCAGUAACUUCGGCAAACCUGGACCACACAAAACCAUGCUGGUACUGGGAUAAAAAAGACUUGGCUCAUACCCCUUCACAGUUAGAAGGACUGGAUCCAGCUACUGAAGCCCGGUACCGCCGAGAGGGUGCCAGGUUCAUCUUUGAUGUAGGAACACGUCUGGGACUACACUAUGAUACUCUGGCUACUGGAAUAAUUUAUUUUCAUCGCUUCUAUAUGUUUCAUUCCUUUAAACAAUUCCCAAGAUAUGUGACAGGAGCGUGCUGUCUCUUUUUGGCAGGGAAAGUAGAAGAAACUCCCAAAAAAUGUAAAGAUAUCAUCAAAACAGCUCGUAGCUUAUUAAAUGAUGUACAGUUUGGUCAGUUUGGAGAUGACCCAAAGGAAGAAGUUAUGGUACUGGAGAGGAUCUUAUUACAGACCAUAAAGUUUGAUUUGCAAGUAGAACAUCCCUACCAGUUCCUCCUCAAAUAUGCCAAACAACUCAAAGGUGAUAAAAACAAAAUUCAAAAAUUGGUUCAAAUGGCAUGGACAUUUGUAAAUGACAGCCUGUGUACUACAUUAUCAUUACAAUGGGAACCUGAGAUCAUAGCAGUAGCAGUCAUGUACUUGGCAGGCCGUUUAUGCAAAUUUGAAAUACAGGAAUGGACAUCAAAACCAAUGUAUAGAAGAUGGUGGGAACAGUUUGUUCAAGAUGUACCUGUUGAUGUACUAGAAGACAUUUGCCACCAGAUCCUGGAUCUCUAUUCACAAGGAAAACAGCAGAUGCCUCAUCAUACUCCUCAUCAAUUGCAACAACCACCAUCUCUUCAAUCAACACCUCAAGUGCCCUCAGUACAACAAUCACAGCAAUCUCAAAGUUCUGAACAGUCACAGCCACAACAGAAAGAGUCCCAGCAGACAGCACAGCAGCAGCAACAGCAGCAAGCACAACAAUCCAAGAAACCAUCUCCUCAGCCUAGCCCUCCCAGGCAGGUCAAACGAUCAGUGGUUGUUUCUCCUAAGGAAGACAACAAGACAGCAGAACCACCACCAUCUAAAAUCCCCAAAAUUGAGACCACACACCCACCAAUACUACCUGUACAUCCACCUCCAGAACGUAAGCCAACCCUCACAGCUGCAGUUUCAAUGGGAGAGGGCGAGCAGACCGGCACAGUGGAGGCUGGAGAUCUACCAAAAGUCCAGAUUCCUCCUCCCAGUCAUCCUGCCCCUGUACAUCAGCCACCUCCUCUUCCUCACCGACCCCCACCACCACCACCUUCCAGCUACAUUACUGGGAUGUCAACUACAAAUUCCUACAUGUCAGGAGAGGGUUAUCAAAGUCUGCAAUCCAUGAUGAAGACGGAAGGACCAGCCUAUGGGGCUCUGCCUCCAGCAUAUGGACCACCCGCUCACUUGCCAUACCAUCCUCACGUAUAUCCUCCUAACCCUCCACCACCUGUCCCACCUCCCCCAGCAUCCUUUCCACCACCCAACAUUCCCCCACCCACUCCUGGAUAUCCUCCCCCACCAACAUACAACCCCAACUUUCCACCUCCAAGAUUGCCUCCAACUCAUGCUGUUCCUCCCCACCCUCCUCCAGGGCUUGGGAUGCCACCUGCCAGUUACCCUCCUCCAGCUGUGCCCCCAGGUGGGCAACCCCCAGUGCCACCUCCCAUUCCCCCACCUGGCAUGCCUCCUGUGGGAGGAUUGGGACGUGCAGCUUGGAUGAGAUAACAUGAUGCCUCUUCUCCCCCUCACCCCCCCUUUUUUUUAAAUCAAAUACAAUUUUUUUCUUUUUUUUUCUUUUUUUUUAAAUACCUUUGAAGUUUAGUUUAAAUGGAAAAAUAGUUGAACAGCAGGGCACCUUGUACAUGCUACCCAGCUGCAGUACAGAAAAGGGAAUGGAAUGGUGAACUUGAAUUCUAGCGGGCCUUCUACAGCACAGCUUCUUGUAUAGCUACUACUGCAAAGCCAAUCAUAAUCUAACUUUAUACACUUGAUUAAUUUAAAGUCAGUUGUUACUGUGCAGGAUUACUUUAUACUAGUGAACAUGUUAACCAGCCAUAUUGGCUCAAUAGUUAACUGUAAGGAGUACAUUUCCUUUUAAAAAUCAGUGCCUACUUUUACUGAAAAAAAAAAGUUUUAAAUAAUCCAGUAUCAUCUAAAGUCAAAACCGUUUUCCUUCAGUAAUACUCUCCUGUGAUAUAUGAUACUGUUGUCAGACUUUUUUGGUUUAACUGGUAUUCUUGGUCCUUUAAUUUUAAAAUUGUUUUGGACAGGUUGGCCUUGCUGAAUUUGGGGCUGUUUUUUGUGUUUGUUUUUUGGUGGGGGGGAGACAAGGGAAUGGAAACCGGACCUUGGAAAGUAUUGUAUGUUUACAUCUAUCUACAAAUUCCUGUACAUACAGAUAUAUUUUUAAAGUGUGAAUGUAACAUCAUACUGUGAAUUCCAUCUUGGUUACAAAUGAGACUCCCUCAGUCAGUUACCUACCCAAAUAAAAUCACUUCUGAAAA